GCCGGAUAUUUAUUUUAUCAGGUUACUCCUUCAUCUUAAUUGUAACCUCGUCCUUCCGCAUUCGUUACUAUAACCCACCGGGUCUGGUUCCCAGUGCCCCAGCGUUGGCUUCCCCAACAAUGCCCCUAGGUGACGUUAGCGGGGGCCAGGCUCGAUCUUCUAUCUCGUUCGCCCAGUGGACGGGUGACCCGUCCGUCAGACAGGGAGGAGAGGACGGUACUGGUAAAUACGUAGACUUUAUAUCGCAUCGCAAAUUGAGUGAACAUUGGGCAUGGUGGCGCGUUCAAGAGGUCCUCCACGGUUUUUAUGACGUCACUGCCGACAUCCGGACCAUAAGAAGCUCAUACCUCCGGGUUUUCAGCAUUCUCGUCUUCACUGACCGUCUAAAAUACAUUGAGCAUUUCACAGAACACGGUGUCAACGAUGAAAGAUUGCCACUCUUGCAGCGCCCGGCCUCCUGGCCUGAAAGUAGGAAGCUUGACGCCGUUUUCGGCGACUUCCUGAAGCACCAAUGGAAGUUCUGCCCCCUGCAGCUGAGCGCCGGUGCUCUUACAGGCCAGCGGUUGGAUCCUCGCCAUAUUCUUCCCAUCCAGGCCAGAACCGUUUUACGGAAGUCCAACGCUAUCUCGGAAGUGGUCAGAGUUACCUUCCACUCAGACUGCGUUGAUCAAGGCUUGCCCACCACCAUGGUCCUCAAAGCAUACACCGAUACGUCGAUGGCGCCGCAACUGUACAAGGCCGAAGUCAACGCCUUUACGAAGAUUUACAACAGCGCCCCCAAUCCCACCACCCCGAAACCUCAGUACAUAGUCGAGUUCUACGGAAACUUCAUACAGAGUAACAAGCACUACCUCCUGCUGGAAUUUGCUAGCGAGGGUAACUUAGAUAUGUACUUUGAGAGUACAUCGCCGCCGAAAUCUCCUUGGGGCAUGUUUCAGUUCUGGGAGAGCAUGUUCAAGCUCAUCGGAGGUCUCGUUCUCAUACAUAACUUGGGCGGUCGCGGUGAGCUAGCUGCUAGUUCAUUUCUCGGCACCCACCAAGACAUUAAACCCGAUAACAUACUAGUGAAUAGCAAGGGGACGCCCGACGAGUACAGCCUGACUCUAAAGAUUGCCGACUUCGGUGCGAGCGACUUCUGGAGGGUUUCAGAUGGAGACCCCGAUGCCCUAGGAAUCGAUAAAAAGGGGGACCAGGUGUACAGUGCCCCGGAAUGCAUCGCCAACUACGAAGCUUUGCGUAGGAUCAUCAAUCGGGUUGGCCCCGAAGUAGAUAUCUGGUCCCUAGGAUGCGUCUUCAGCGAGGCCGCCGUUUGGGCCGUCUGUGGCCACAAGGGGCGGGAACGCUAUCGGGAAAGCCGGCUACAGGAGACGAAACGUAUUGACUCCAUACGGGGGACCGGAUUCGAUGGGUGCUUCCACGAUGGAAUCGAGCCCCUGAACGCGGUGACCUGUAUACACGAACACAUUCGCAGAAGCAGACAAGCCUGGGACACGAUAACUCCCAAGAUUACUCAAUUAAUCAGCGAGUCAAUGCUUCUAGAUUCCAUGGGACCGCGGAAGACUGCGAGGGAAUUGUUACUGCUCUCUGGACGGCUGCUCCAGACAGCUCGCGACGAAGCGUUUGGGGCUAGUCAUACACCAGUUCCACAGCUACUCGUGCUUGAUCAACCAGCCCUGCCACCCAUCCCGCCCCCCCCUGACACGAGCAAAAUUACCAUAGAAGAGGUCCAGAGAUACCGCAGCGAUAUGAAACGUCGUCGGCCACCGAACGAACACGUUGCCACCGCUUGCGAAUCAUUGCAGAGGCAGAUCCGGGGCCGAGACCACGUGUUUCUGAUAGAUGAUUCGACGUCGAUGAAAACGAAAUAUCGCAACGAUGUCGUCAAUACCUUCAUCGCCUUGUCCUACGUAGCAAAGAGAAUCGACGGGGACGGGAUCGACCUUUUCUUCACUUCGGAGCCGUCGAGGAGGUACCAUAGUCGUCACACGUCGAAACUUACCGAGGAACUUCAACUACACUACCAGAGCGCUUCUAACAGCAGGGCUACAAUGGAGGCUAGCGUUAGUGAGGUUAUCGACUACAUCGUUAAGAAGCUGCCAAGCUCCUUCUCCAAAUCCUUGACGGGUCUACCGGGCAUCUCACACUGGCUCGCGGGGCGGCCGAAGAUCACGCUCUUUGUCUUCACCGACGGCCUGUGGGGGUGUCCAGCGGCUAUCUCCCGGGUGGAGAAUCAGAUCGAGAGACUCAGAAACGAGCUCCAGGGGCGGGGGCUGAGUAGAGUCUGGGUGGCGAUACAAUUCAUCCGCUUUGGUGAUGAGGGCAUCGAAUACCUCAGACAUCUCGAUAAUUUCGACCCAAGCUGGGAUAUAGUCGACUCAAAGUCCCACAAAGACCAUGUGCUGGACAUGUUCAUCGGUAGCAUAGACGAGGAGGUGGACAACAAAGAUGACUACACCUACGAAGGCACAUCCGCUAGAGAUUCCUCACCCAACUCUGCGAGUGGCGCCUAGUCAGAUGUUCGCACUCGAAAAUAGGGGAACAUCCUCGGGCAUCCCGAAAGUCCAAGAUCACCGACCGGUCGUAAACUACUCCUUCAACUCACGCCGAUCUCAGGCCGACCACGCCCCUCGCCUUCACUGGCGCGAGGCCGAUCCCCAUCUCUCUCUAACCCAACCUCUCAGCUCACCCUAAGGAGGCCCCACCCCACACACUUGACGAGUACUAAGUGUCGAUAUCUAGUAGGCCAGCCUGGAAGGCGACUUACUCGACUCGACUCCAACUAAGGAUGAACUGACCUGUUCUAAACUGAUCCGUUCUAAACCGCUGUUGACGAAGCCCCCCCACCCCCCACCUCAUUGCCCAAUCAUGGGUAGGUAUACAUAGGAGGCUAGGAACCAAGUUCUGUAAAUGUGAAGGAAAAAAAAAGCUCUAUACUGUCGUCGGCGCGUAGGUAGACCAACGCCCUGGGUGUAUGAUGAGAGAAAAGCCAUAGCGAUGCCUGGAAGAACUCAGUGUACUGCUUUACGGCCCGCGGGGAAUCACCGAAGGCGCACGCGACGGUAGAAGGGUCUGUAUCUAGCAACUCGACUUAUAGGAGAGAGGGAGGGUGCUAUACCUACGUUUUCGAAUGCAUAUGCAUAUCUAUCUCGGCUAGUGUUGUGGUUACGUCCUCUCUAUACCGCACUGUGGUGG